AUGAAUAAGUAUGAAAUCAUGGGCGUAGUAGGUGAAGGAGCUUAUGGCAUAGUGUUAAAAUGCAAAAACAAGGAGACUAAUGAAUGUGGUUAGUUAUUUUUAAUUAUAUGUUAAAGUGGCUAUAAAAAAGUUUAAAGAAACAGAGGAUGAUGAAGCAGUGAAGAAAAGUAUUUAAAGAGAAGUGAAAAUGUUGCGAAUGUUGAAGCAUCCUAAUAUUAUUUAAUUGAAGGAAGCAUUCAAAAAGAAAGGCAAAAUAUUUCUUGUUUUUCAAUUCGUUGAUAGAAACCUAUUAGAAUUAUUAGAAGAGAGAAAAACUCUAGAUGUAUGUUUAUUGCAUUUAAAAUUAGUAAGAAAGCAUUAAACGAGUGAUAUUUUAAUUGGUUCUUGCUGUUCAUGCUUGUCAUUCUGUAGGAAUUGUGCAUAGAGAUAUAAAACCUGAGAAUUUACUUAUAGACAAUGAACUUAAUUUAAAGUUAUGUGAUUUUGGUUUUGCAAGAGUAAUAUAGAUCUAAUUAUAAGACAAUAUAAAGUUAAGAAUAAUUGACUGAUUAUGUAGCUACAAGAUGGUACAGAUCACCUGAGUUACUGAUAUCUAAUAAUUAUGGAAAACAAGUAGAUAUUUGGGCAAUUGGUUGUAUUAUGGGAGAAUUGAUAGAUGGUCAACCAUUAUUCCCAGGUGAAAAUGAGAUGGAUUAAUUAUAUCUAAUAUAGAAAAUAAUUGGUCCAUUGACUUAAGAUUAGAUGGAGAAAUUUUAGAAGAAUUAAAGAUAUAUAGGAAUGAAGUUUCCUGAAAUUGUAAAAUCAGAAACUAUUGAAAAAAGAUAUUCUGGUAAAAUGUGUAAUAAAGGAUUAAAUUUCUUAAAGUAAUGUUUGAUUAUGGAUCCAAAUAAGAGAAUUACUUCUUUAGAAUGUUUAGAGCAUCCAUAUCUAUCAGAUUUAUGGAGUAAAGAAAACGAUGUUAGACCUAAAAGUAAUUUUUAGAGAAGGAUUAGUUGUGAAAGAGAUGAUUCUAAACCUAGCAUUAUUAAUCAAUAUGAUUUUGGUGAAUAGAAACCAAAAAAGAUUCAAGAGAAAGCUAUUCCAUAAACAAUACAAAAUUAAUCAUUUGUUUAAAAAUAAGUAUAUAAUUACAAAAUAGGAGAUGAAACUCCUGAAAUUACCAAAGAAACAGAUGAUACUAAAUCAUAAAUGCAUAAAACAUUUAAUUAAUCAUUCAAAAUUAAAUUUAAUGAUACUUUACCUUAAAGUAGAUUAGGAUCAGAAUAAGACAAGAGAAUUAAUAGAGUUAUUGGUUUACCAGGUUUAAAGGAAGACCCUAAAUAGUAGUAAUAAUAAUAAUAAUAAUAAUAACAGACUAAUCAUAAUAAAUCUCCUAACAAAAGAACUUCUAUCUAAUAACCAUCAUUUUAUGUUUAGGUAUUUAUAUAAUCAUAUAUAUAUAUAGGGAUAAUAUAAUUUGUAACCUUAAAAGCUUAAUCUAGUAUAUAAUGCUAAUACAUAUAAUUAUUCAAUAAAGAAAUCGUACAUCUCAAAAAAAUGA